CACAGAGACAUAGCAUCACUUAUCCUUCCAUCAAUCAUGUCUGAUUUUGCAAACUACACUGUUGAAUUGUUCCUCAAGGAUAAUCAGCGGGUUGGCGGAACCGUAGCCCAUGUGGCUGACCAGAAGGUUACCCUCAGUGACGCCAAAUUUUUACCUAACGGGAGUCACUUUCCUACCUUCACAGUAGAAGGAACCCACAUCCAGGACUUAAAAGUGGUUAGCCUCCCAGCGAACAUGAAGAGAAGGAAGGCGAAAACAAAAACAACCCUUGAUGACGCAAUCGUUUUCUCGUCCGCCACAAUUCCCUCACCAGAAUACCCGCCGGCCAAGCAACUCCAGGCCGUAAAUACAUCUAACCGCCGAAAGAAUGCACGCGGGCCGCGCGCGACACUCAUACAAGAUGAUCCUGAUUGGGACACGGACGUUUCAGAAUCCGUGGGCACUGAUUUUGACUUCUCCUCCAAUUUGAGGAAAUUCGACAAACACCGUGUGUUCGAGGAGCUCCGUGCAAGCGAUACGGUGGCGCACUCCGACCGGUUGGUUGGUCACAACAAACUUGAUUCGCCGAAAACCAAGUACGAAAACACCGAGAUGGUGUUGAAUUUGCAGACGGAUGGCUGGGACUCCAACGGGAACACCCGAGCCUCUACCCCAUCGAAGAAAGAUUUGCUGGCAAAACGUGGCAGCAAGGCUUCUGUGAGCGAGGCGUCCUCCGCCAACCUCCGCAAGCUCUUACAUGGUAAGGAAGAGGUUCCGGUAUGCUCGCCGAUCCAGUUGCUCGAGAUCGAAAGAUUGAGCAUUGAAAACUACAAGCUUUCGGCCGAAAUUAUGGCCGAAAACGCCGCGGUGAACUUGCAGUCGGUGGUGGUGGGCAUCCUAGGAGGCUCCUCGCGUUUGGCGAGCUCGAACCACAACGCCCCACCGCUUGUGGUGUUGCUCGUGGGAAAUAAUAGAGCAGGGAUUCGCACGUUGGCCUGUGGGCGCCACUUGAGCAACCGUGGGGUCCGGAGUGUCGCGUUUUUGCUUAACUCUGGGAGCAACAACGCGAGCCCUGACCGCAAUGCCAACGAAGAUGAAGAAUUGGAUUCGCACUUACGUUACCAGUUGAGCUUGUUCAAACUGUUCGGAGGACGGGUCUUCAACCAAAUGGGUGCGUUGACAUCGUUCUUGAAGAGCUUGGACUCGCCGGUCGAACUCAUUGUGGACGGGUUGCAGGGUUUCGACUCGAACAUCUCGGAUUUGUGGGGCGCCGACUUGAAGUUGUGCACGGGGUUGAUCACCUGGACGAACCAGCAGGCCUGCGGUAAGUUGUCGAUCGAUAUUCCGUCUGGGCUUGACCCCGGAUCCGGGCAGUUGACCUUGGACGACUUGCGUGUAGAGAGCAAGUGGGUGGUCAGUUGCGGCUUACCAUUGAACGGGUUGCUCCAAGCAUAUAGGUUGCACUUUGACACUCAAUGGAUCCACUUUUUGGUGGAUAUCGGCGUCCCCACCGCUCUCUACAAGAAGGGGAGCUUCCGCAAGUUCGAUCGCGUGUGGUUUACGGACGCCGGAGUUGCCCAGUUGAGUUUGUCGUAGGUUGUAUCACUAGAUGUAUAUUAGAAUAAGAUUAUAUUAAUGGGAGGUGUAAUUAUUGGUCAAUCGAAGGGAG